AUGCCGGCAAGUGAUCCGGAUUGUCUCGCAUUCGUGGCGGCGAUUGAGAUUGGCGAGUUUGACAAAGCAAAUCAACUUUUGGCGCGAGACAACGAAAACAAGUUCAUUCAGCCAGUAGGCGUUCUUGAAGUGACGGCUCUGCAAGUAGCUGCUUGGCAAGGAAACAUUGAUUUAUUAAAUCAGCUCAUCAAAAAAGGUGCUGACGUAAAUGGAUUUGACAAAAUCGGCAGAACUGCCCUUUACUAUGCAGCACAUUGCGGCCACGUCGAUGUUACCAAACGACUUCUUGAAUGUAAAGCAGAAAUCAACACCCAAGUCGUUAACAUUCGAGACGAACAAGAAAUCUACACCCAAGUCGGAAUCCAUUCCGUUAGCAGAGAUAUGCACUUGAAAUCUAUCUCAAUUGGACAAAAAUUACCGUUACCUAUGUGCUGGGGAAGAACACCACUACAUCAAGCGGUAAGAAAAAAUCACGCUGACGUCGUGCGCAUUUUAGUCGAAAGUGGUGCGCGCGUUGACAUUCGAGACGAACGUUUUACAACUCCGUUGCUACUGGCAGGAAUCGCAGUGAAUAAUCGUGAUGAUCCGAAUGAGGUGAGGAAAUUCUCCGAGAUCGUGACAAUAUUGAUAUCAGCAGAAGUAUCAAAUAUCGACGAAAUUCAUGAAGGAACAG